AUGUUUAGAGAACAACAGCCCAAAGGGACAUUCAAAACCCUACCCUUCCCAACUAACGCUAUAGCGAAACCAUUAGAUUUUGGAGGUAAUUCCAAUGUAAAUAAUACUAUCUGUGUGGGAAGUACUCAAACGAGGGAUGGAUUGAGUAGUUCCUCUGCUGGGUACUGCCCCUCACAGACAGUAAUACCCCCUAUACCCACUACCCCCAGGGAAAAUACGGAAAAUGUCAACCUAACACCUUCACAAAGCACCACUAGGAAAAGGUCUAACUCUGACCCCAGAAUCAAAAGGAAAGAGAUACCAAAUAGUGUAGACAAUACUAUCUUGCAGUACCAAAGUCAAACAUCUGAAGAAGAUACACUGACGGUUAGAGAAAGAUUCGACAGGGACGAUAAGUUACCACAUUCCCCAAACAGUCUCUUUGAAUUCCGUAGUGAAAAACAAAGGGUAGAAUAUGAAAGGGAAAGAGAACAAAAAAGAGUUGAAGAAGAAAACAACAAAAAGAAAGAUGAGCAAUUUACAGUCCCACGUAAGUUCAGCUCAAACUUUCACAGGAUGAUAAGGGAAAAAGCAGUCCAAACCCUAACUACGACCAGAAAUACAUUCCAAGUGCUUACCGACGAAUCAGAUUCAGAGAAUGACGAUGAAAUCGGUAAGAUUGUAAAGAAAAGGAAAAAAGGUGCAAAGUUUGUGCCAUUUCAUAUAAAAGAAACAACAGCAGCGCCGCCAAAGCAACCAGUUGCAAGCACAAGCAACGCAAAUAACACAAACAGCAACCCAAGCAACAAGAACACAAACAAAAAUAUCAAAAAUAAAACGACAAUGCCACCAAUUGUGAUUGAUGGAAAGACAGCCAAUCCCAAUCAGUUAAUAUCAGACCUCAAAGCACUGGUACAAGGAGAAUUUAGUGUGAAACACACAAAUCGCACUACAAUUCUCUUUGUAGAGGGAAAAGAGGACUAUGAAAAAGUCCUUAAUAACGUAAAGAGUGAAAAAAUGGCCUACCAUACAUACACAGCGUACAGUGAAAAAUCACAUGCUUUCGUGCUCAGAGGUCUGGCGGAAAACACGAAAAUUCAAGAUAUAAAAGAGAACCUCGAAGAUGACCACGAAAUAGUAGCCAGAGAAAUCUAUAUUAUGAAAACUAAAGAACGUCCCCUCUACCUGUCGGUUGUAUUUCGCUUAAUAGCUGAACGAGUAUCUGUUCUCCAAGUGUUCUCCAAACAAGCUGAUAUCUGUAUUUCGACGAGAGCUUUUCCCAGCACUAAUGUAAAAGUAAAUACGGAAGAGAACGUGUUAAUUUGA